AGAACUUUGAACUGAAAAGUAGGUCACGACAACUUCGUCUUGUUUGUGUGUCAGAAGAAUCUCGGGAGAAAGUAUUAAAGCUGGAAAUGUCGUCUAAAGUGUUUGACUGCAUCGUCAUCGGCGCAGGGAUCCAAGGGUCCUGCACUGCCUAUCAGCUGGCCAAAAACAAGCAGAAAACUCUGCUGCUGGAGCAGUUUGUCUUGCCUCACUCCAGAGGGAGUUCUCAUGGCCAGACCAGGAUAAUCCGUAAAGCCUACGAAGAAGAUUUCUACACACAAAUGAUGCAGGAAAGCUACGAGCUGUGGGCUGAGCUGGAGAAAGAAGCAGGUGUCGAGCUGUACAGGCGCACUGGUCUACUGGUUAUGGGGCCAGAGAAAUCAGAGGGCUUCUCAAAGCUGAAGGACACGAUGCAGAGGCACAAGAUUCCUACAGUGUUUCUGGAGAAGCAGGAGUUUAAUGAGCAUAUUUCCAAUGUCAAUCUCUCUGAAGGGAAUGGGGCGCUGAUUGACACCUUCGCAGGGGUGCUAUAUGCCGAAAGAUCCCUCCAAGCUGUGCAGAGGCUGUUUCAGUGCAGUGGUGGAGUGCUGAAGGACGGGCAGACAGUGACUGGUGUUUCUCCUGGUGCAGUGGUGACUGUGAGCACCGGCUCUGCUGUGUACAGAGGGAAGAGUGUGGUGAUCACAGCAGGACCCUGGGCAAACACACUACUCGCACACGCUGGACUGCAGCUGCCGCUCAAGGUUGUAAAGAUUAACGUUUGCUACUGGAAGGAGAAGAUCCCAGGAACCUACAGUGUCGACCAGAGCUUUCCAUGCUUUAUACAGAUGGAGCCGAAAGAGGGGGAAUAUGACAUUUAUGGCCUUCCAUCCAAUGAAUAUCCAGGACUAAUGAAAGUGUGUUACCACAUGGGCAGUGAGACCGACCCGGAUGAGCGGGAUAAACAGACGGAUAGAGGGGACAUCGAUAUUCUAGCGCGCUACGUCACCCGCUGUCUCCCUGGGCUGGUGCCAGCACCUGCUGUGGUGGAGAGCUGCAUGUAUACGGUCACACCAGACCACCACUUCGUCCUUGAUUCCCACCCGUCCUAUGGCAACAUCAUCAUUGGCGCUGGAUUCUCAGGCCACGGCUUCAAGUUUAGCCCCAUCAUUGGAAAGGUGCUCUCUCAGCUGGCCAUGGGGCAGGUUCCCUCACAUGACCUCUCACCUUUCCGAAUUCAACGCUUCCAGUCACAAUCCAAAUCUUCGCUUUGAGUUCAAGACCCUACAAAUGACAGAUCUACAUUUCAUUUGACUAGAUAACAGAAUGUUCAUGAGUGAAUGGUAACGGUGCUAAACAUAUUCUUCUAACACACUGAGAGGAUGAUAUCUUUUUUUUCUAAUAAAGUAUGAAUGUGUUUCAGUUUAACAUGAGAACAAACACAUUCUUUCUGGCUGCGUUUUGUUUGCAGGAUAAGAAGCUGAUUUUUAGCAAAAUAAUAAUGAUAAUGUAAAAAAAAUCAAAAGUACAAUCGGUUUUAUAGACACAGAGAUCACAACCUGUAUGUCCUAAGUGUGUGUCUAGGCAACAGUCUGCUUUUUAAAUUGAUUCCAAUUACGCUCUAGAUCAGACUAAUUUUAUUUUGUUUUCAGUGCAUAUUGUUAUUUUUUGAACCAAUAUUCGUUUACACAAAUAUCAUACUCAUUUUUCAAUGUGCAUUACGGUUUGUUUUUUUAGACCACUAGGACCAAUUUCUUAGGCUAAAACCUUUGGCCAACUAUUCAAAACUGAAAUAUGACAUACUGUACUGCCAAAUAUGAUUAAAUAAGAUGUAGCUGAACAUCUAAAAAAGGGACAAGUUGUGUUUUAUUGUAAUUGCUACAAAAUUAUUACUGUCACAUGCACUUUUCAUUUUUUCUGUGCUACUUGGUUUGUCCACAAGAUCUCGACACUAAAAGGGGCCACUGUUUCGCAAGCAUUUCUUCAAUAAAAAAAAACAUUAUUGCAAAAACA